UUUAAAAAAAACAGCCUAGCCUGUUGUUCUCUGUGAGUAUUUUUUUUAAAUGUGUGGAGUAAAACAAAAUCUUUCAAUGCAAAGUUUUGUUUAUAUCUUAAAUAUUGCAAACCACCUGGUUACAGGUAGAUAUUUUGGGUUGCAAAAGAGAAUUUAAAAUAAUUAUAAAAUAUUUAUUAAUAUUGAGAAUAAUAUACAUAAUUUGUGAUUAUGUUAGGUGAGUUUGAAAAGUUUAUUUUUGCUAGUAUGUUGUGUCUAAAAAUUUGUCUAGUUUCUUUGUUAAUUUUCUGAAAUUAAUGCUAAUUUGAAUUUUUAUAUUUUGCAAUUAACCAGUGAUGUUUAUGUGAAGUUUAAACAAAUAGUACAAUCCGUGAUCAAGUUUGACAAACUAGUCAAAUAUGUAUUUUGUUUGCGGUGCUACUAUUAAUUUGUAAGAUUUAAUAAACUUCUUUGUACAAAAGUUUUGCAUAAUGGGAGCAUAAUUGCGGUAGCAGUAUGUAGAAAUCUCUUUUGAGAAGUAUUGAUUCUGAAAAGAGCCGGUGGUUGUCAACCACAUUCAGUUCCUCUCAGAGCCAAAAGACAUUGGUCAAGUGGUUAGACUGCAGGACUUGCAAUCACAGGGUUGUGGGUUCGAAUCCCGCAGCUAUAACUACUGAUUUAACAAUAAUUAGAAUAUUGUCGUCUAGUUACUGAAUCACAAUUUUUUGAUUUUGUCAGCUCGGUGUUCUGGCCCUUGUGGGAGUUUACCAAGUUCCCUCGAUGGGGAGAUUUACACAUCAUUCACCGGAUGUUCUAAGAUACUUCGUGUAUGUCUGUCAUUUUGUUCGUUCGUCCUUAAUCUGGGGAACAAAAGCUGUUGCUUCACCCCAGACCAAGAUAUUGCCAAAUUGUUUCAAGUUCGGGUAUUAACCGUAGAGAUUUUACCAACUCAACAAGAACUUCUUGUACCAAGACUAGCGGGUUACCUGAACUGCUCGGGUCAGUGGUUGACCUGUGACCUUGUACUAACAAUAGAUAAACACGCACGAUGUAACAACAUUAUCAGCUGAUGUAUUGUGGUCUAUAUACUCUGUUUCUAGUAGUAGUAGUAGUAGACCUGUUGGUCGAGUACAUACUGAAUGUUAUGCCCGCUAGCCUGCAGAGGUAGGAGGCCAGGGAAGUCGCCCCAGUAUUUUCAAUUUUCUUUACACAACUGUUAGAAGCAGUUGGAGCUUUGUUGUCUGCAUCGGCCAAGUCGUUCACCGAGCUCACAUUCUGCGGGAACAAUUUUAGCUCGUCUGCGCCAAUCCAUGCACUUGCCAGCCUAUCCAGCCAUCCACCAUGAAGCUAGCACCUCUCCGAGUGCCCCUUCACAGGCGUCUUGAGACCCUUGCCGUCAUGCAAUGGUGGUUCACCUUUCUCUUCAUCGGUCUCUCCUCCACCCUCAUCUUCACCUAUAUCUUCUUCUUCACAUCCUACUACUGGAUCUCCCUCCUUAUGCUGACUUGGAUCAUCUACGACCGGAAGACACCACGCCGUGGCGGACGGCGCAGCGACUGGCUCCGAAGAUGGCGGGUCUGGGUCUACAUGAAGAAUUUCUUCCCCAUCGAGUUGGUCAAGACGGAAGACUUAGACCCCAAGAGGAACUAUUUACUGGGGUACCAUCCGCAUGGCAUCAUGGCGGUCGGGGCUUUCGUUAGUUUCGGGACGGAGGCGACGGGUUUUACCGAGAAGUUCCCUGGGAUGACGUCAUACCUCUUGACGCUGAGCGGAUGGUUUAACUUUCCUGUGGUUCGAGACUACUUUAUGAUGGCAGGACUUUGUGACGUCAGUAAGGACAGCGUUGAUUGGCUGUUAGGUCAGUCUGGCCCUGGCAGCACCGUGACGAUCAUUGUGGGCGGGGCCACUGAGUCUCUAGAGGCGCAUCCCCACAACUACGCCGUGUUUCUUAAACGCCGGAAGGGCUUCAUUAAAAAGGCUAUGCAACACGGAGCAUACUUAGUACCAGUCUACUCCUUUGGUGAGACAGAUAUCUUCGAGCAAGUCUCAAAUCCUGAAGGUUCUGUCUUAAGAACACUUCAGACCAAACUGACGAAGUGGGUUGGCUUCGCGCCUCCAAUAUUCCAUGGGCGUGGCAUCUUCAACUACAGCGUGGGUUUCUUACCGUAUAGGAAACCGAUAUCAACGGUUGUUGGGAAGCCCAUCCCAGUUGAAAAAUCGCCAAAUCCAACGCAGGAAGAGAUCGACAAAGUUCACCUGACCUACACUGAGUCGUUGGUGGCGUUAUUUGAGGAUCAUAAGACCAAGUAUGGCAUCAAUGAGGAUGAAAAGCUUGCAAUCCUUUGAACAAAAUUUGAAAACUUUUUGGAAUAUAAUUAGAGAAACAUGGUUUAAGGGAAGGUAUAAUUAUAUACGUUAGGUAAUGACUCUAACAAUAUGUGGCAAUAACAAGGUAUUGGUAAGAUGAACAGCUGCUCUGGAUAGUGAGAACACUGGUCGUUGACAAUUACCAAACGUGUACAGUGCCUUUAAGCAGCUCUAUGAAAUUGGGUCCAGCUGAUUCAUUGUUAAUAUUGUUACGAUUGCUUU